AUGCCCCUCGCUCGGAGGGUCAUCGACGUCGAUGCCGAGCUAGGAAAGAAAUUUGACGACUCUCACGAGAAGGCAGGCCGGUUCCAGCCCAGAAAAGCUUCAUUCACAUUGCCAUGGAGGCUUCGGCGCAGACGCAGGGUGCUGCUGUUCAUUGUUGGCGCCUAUCUGCUUUAUCUAUUCUUCAAAAAUAUGCCCACUGACCUGCGCCCUGCUGUCGAACGAUACGAUCCCAGAUUCGCGAAUCCGAGAGCGAUUCAGUCCCCUAUAAAUCAGGAUGAUGUGUUGCCAGAUAGUGAGGACGAGGAAUACGACGGCCCGCUGCGGUUUCCUGAGCUUGCGAAAUCAAUGCACCAUGCUCGCGCUGUCACCAAGAGAACCGACAAUUCGGUGCUCUUUGCAGCGGCCGAUCUUUCCAGCGUGUCUGACCUAAUCCCCCUCGCGUGUGAGAUGGCACGGUACCGAGUAAAUACAGUGCACUUUGCGUUGAUGGGGCGAGACCAGGUGUCAAUCGAAGGCAUACAACGUGUGAACGGCAUUAGCGACGAAGACUGUCCUGUUUUCUGGCAUGACGCUCGCCUUGACCGGUCCGCUUCGUCUUCAGAGGGGCGUCUCGAAGACGGUGUGUUUUUCGGUAUAGAUUACCUGAUUUCCUUCUUGAAUCCAAAGGUCGUCAUCGCGCAUGAUGAUGGAUUUGAAGAAAAUUAUUUCGUGGUCGGGAUUGUAGACGGCACAAACUGGAGGGGUAUUCCCCUUAUUAGCUUGCCAACGAAAGCUUUGAGUGUCAUGUGGAUUUCACGGCUGGACAGCAGUUCCCUUCGAGCAUGGAACGACAUACACGUGGACAUGCUGGUCCAUGCCCCUCCCGACUCUUCUGGGUCUUUGAAAAGACUCGUUGAUUCUCUUCAACAAGUGGAUUACCUUGGUGUAAAGCCAUCAUUGACAAUCGAACUUCCCUCGCAACUCGAUCCACAUUUACUUGAUUACGUCCAGGGAAUAUCCUCCGAUGCAAACUUUCCACUAUCUAUUACGCUUCGUCGCCGUGUAUCAUACAACUUGACGCCAGAGCAGUCUGCUAUCCGCACAGUGGAGACAUUUUAUCCCAGGGACCUAACUAGCUCUCACUUACUUUUUCUUUCACCGCAGGCGGAACUCUCUCCCUCUUUUUAUCAUUACUUGAAGUAUACAAUAUUAAGAUAUCGGCAUUCGGCUAACGCCAUGAAUGAGUCGUCUCAUCUCCUUGGUGUAUCCUUGGAACUUCCGGCUCGAAAUCCCACCGAUGACACGCCCUUUUCUACCCCGUCUGCCUCUGACGUGCCGUUUUUUAAAUGGCAAGUUCCAAACAGCAACGCCGCGUUGUACUUUGGAGACAAGUGGGCAGAACUGCACAAAUUCCUGGCGAAUCGUUUAGCUGCCUCUGGCUCAGAGCUUACCGAACGCAAUAAGUUUAUAUCCAAGAAGUAUCCAUCUGUUAUGGAAGAUCUUCUCGAGCUCAUGCGAGCCAAAGGCUAUUAUAUUCUAUACCCCUCGUUCCCGGUGACUCAAGGGUAUUCAUUGGCCACAAUUCACAACGACCUCUACCAGCUUCCAGAAGAAUUCCAGGCUCAAAACGUGCUGGCUGAUCAGAAGCGCGGUAGCCAUAUCGAAAACCUCGAAAAUAACCCGGAUGAAGAUCUUGUUGUGGAUUUGGGAUCUAUUGAAAGGCCUUUGUCUCGUCACGCAACCAUCAAUCCGCUUCUUCAACGGCUGCCACUCCAGGUACCGGAACUUGAGGUUCUGCCACUUUUUUCCUUCCGAGGCAACCCCGUGUCCCAAAAGGACUUUGAUAGCAAUGCGAAGAAAUUUGCAAGCGAGUUCAGUACAGUCAUCGGUGGGUGUGAUGAUAUCCCUGCCGAAAUUCGACACGAGGAACCAUAUACUAUUGAUGACAUUUUCUGCUUGGGCGACGACUACAUGUAG